GGUACAGAUCGUAAAUGCUCAAAGAUUGAACUCGAUGAUAAGAUGAUACACCACCUAGCUAGCCUGGGAUAUUUAAGGGUAUUUAACAGCUGUUGUUACGUUUAUCCUGCUGUUUUCCAGCACGCAACGCAAGUUUUUUUAAUAUGAUUAUUAGCAAGAAAACGUUACGUCCCACCGCUAUUCGUUUCUUUUUGCUAGCCAGCGGUAAACCUGUUUGCUAGCACAGUGCGCAUAUCACGGACGCCGAUUCUUGCGAGUGCAGCGGGAGACUGGUUCCUCGUCUCCUGUUUCAGCUAGCAGUUAGCUUGUCUGUUAUUAUGUUAGCAUAAAAACGGGAAAACACACGUUCAAUAUAGUCUUUGCUGCUCCAGGCUACGUCACGACAAACGAGGAAGUGCGCGCGAGUGUCUUCUCUCGCUCCAGAGCAAGUCUUCUCUUCCGAUGAACCCACAGCGUCAGUGUCGUGAACACCAAAGGUCCCUGGUUCAGCGUGAGAUUAGACGCUACGAUGUCGUUCACGCCAAAAGCCAAGGGUGACGAGUGACAAGUGAAGGAGCUCUGAUCCACCAUGGGGAACACGGCGUCGAAGAGUGGCAGCAUGGAGGAACUGGUCAAGACAACUUUGUUCGAGAAGGAGCUCAGUGGGAUCACAUACAGGAUCCCUGCUCUCGUCUAUCUGAGGCACAGUCGCACCUUCCUCGCCUUUGCAGAGAAAAGAGCCUCCCCUCAGGAUCAGGAUGCCAAAAUUCUAGUGAUGAGAAGAGGGACGCUGAAAGAUGACGGAACUGUUCAGUGGUCCCCCAGUCAGGAGCUGUCAACAGCGCUCCUACCGAACCGCCGCACCAUGAACCCUUGCCCGGUGUAUGAGAAAAACAGCAAAAUGUUGUUUUUAUUCUUCGUCUGCGUGUGGGGAAACACCACAGAGAGGAGGCAGAUCCUCACAGGUAAGAACAAGGCCCGCCUCUGUUGUGUUAGCAGCAGUGAUGACGGGCAAACUUGGAGUCCAGCAAAAGACUUGACAGAGAGUGUGGUUGGCGAAACUAUCCACAAGUGGGCCACGUUCGCUGUGGGUCCAGGCCACGGUGUUCAGCUGGAGAACGGCAGGUUGAUCAUCCCCGCCUACGCCUACUACGUCCCUUACAGAUGCUGUUCCUACCCCAUUCCUUUCACAGUGUACCCACGUGCACUGUCCAUUUAUAGCGAGGACUUUGGACAGACGUGGCAUAUAGGUAAGAUGCUUCGAAAAAAGUCGUGUGAAUGCGAAAUGGCAGAGAUUAUAGACCACGAGGGCAGGAGUCAUCUUUACUGCAAUGCCCGUCACACCGGAGGUCACAGAUGCGAGGCCCUAAGCGAAAACAGCGGCUUGUAUUUCGACAAGCCCCACACGGCCCGAGAGCUCGUCGAACCACCUACGGGUUGUCAGGGCAGCAUCAUCGGCUUCCCCGCUCCAGAAUUUGUCCCGAACGACGACGCCGAAAGCAAAGCUUGCGGCACGUCCCUCUUGUCUCCCGACACACAAACCUGGCUCCUCUUCAUGCAUCCGACCAAAAAGUGUAGUAGAAGGGACAUGGGUGUGUAUUUGAACCGGUCCCCCCUGCACUCGUCGGGAUGGGACCGUCCCAGGAUUUUCCACAGGGGACCCAGCGGCUACUCGGACCUGGCCUACAACGGAGACAAGGAUCAGUUCUCGUGCCUGAUGGAGUGCGGGAAAGAGAGUGAACUUGAGCAGAUUGCCUUCAUGUCGUUUACCCUUAAUGAUGUCAUGCAGACAGGCGGUAAGAAAGGAAAGAAGAUGCAUUGAAUCGUGGUUGCUUUAUAUGUGUAUUACUUAACAGAGCUCCCUGACAUUCUCAUGCAACCUUAAAAUCCAAACUACCCCCCCACCCCCCACCCCACCCCACCCCGCCGCGCCGCCGCCGCCGCCACUGAAUAUGCUGUGCAGUAACAUCCGUCUGUGUUUACUGUUGUUCUACAUUCUGGAGAUGAUAAUGCAUGAGCCGUGUGUUUUGUUGUCUCCCUGUUUACAUGAAAACGUAAUUGAAGUCCUAAUAGUGUUGAUAUGCAACCAACUGUACAAGAGGAAGGAAAAAGGGGAGGGUGGUAGAUUUCGAAGCAUGCCGUGCCGGACUGUCAUUUUUUAAAAACAGACGAUGUGUGUAGCAUGUUUGCCGAGCACUUCAUACCCAACUCUGCAUCUUAUUAAAGUGUCAGUAUUCCUGAGCAGUGGAGAGAAGUUGCCUACCUCUUUUUAUUUUCAUAUGAAGAUCAUUCGCGGGCCUUGUAAAGUCGAGUGAAGAGUUUUCUCCAUGCUCAGUCUCUCCCUGAGAUCCAGUGUACUCUGAUUCACAUAUGCCUUCUACUCCGCUCUCUGAACUUCAGCUGUGCCGCUGUCGCCUGUCAGCGCACAAGCUUUUCUGUGGGUCACAGAAAAGAAACAUUUACUUCUUACUGGCCACAUCCAGCUAAUGAUCAAUGAAGAGACCAACUAAACUGUACCAGCUUGUAACACAGCUGGUUGGAGAUUGAUGGAGAGAGUUUAAGAACCUUCACCCAACGACUUCUGUCGACAGCAUUUCGGCGACUUUUGACCUUAAUUUUCCAGCAAUGUUUUCUUAUUCUUUUCCAGUUUUCCAGCACAUUUUGCAUGAUUUUCCAAACAAGCACUAUCGUAUCAUUAUUUAUCAAUUGCAGGAAUAUGACCAAGUACGAUCAGCUGGCUCUGGGAUGUCACAUGAACGCAUGUUACAACAUAUUACACUCUUUACAAAGUCGCUAGGAUUUUGCAAACAUACAAGACCUUGUAAUGAACAACUUUUAACAUCCGUCUUUGCCCGAUGUCGUGAGGCAAAAUGGCUCGAGGCGACUCCGUGCUAGUUUCAUUGUGUUUUUGUUGACUGUUGUGGAAAAGUGACAAAGCCUGCAUGAAACAUGUAUUUUAGUAGAAAAUAAAGGUAACCUGUGAUCAUCGGA